UCAACUUUGGCAACCCCGUGACACUUUGCUCCAAAAUGCUAAUUGGGCGUGACUUAACUGUCAUUGGCACACUGAAGAUUGCAUUUUUGUUUAAUUCUGCAAAAAACCAUCUAAAAUGACGGAAGUAGAGCAAAAAAGUGUUGAAAACAAGGAAAACGCGGAAGAAGCUGUUGAUGAUUCUGCUUUCAUCAAGCAUCCGUUGCACCAUGCAUGGACUCUGUGGUAUCUCGAAGCUGAUCGUUCCAAAUCUUGGGAAGAAAUGCAAAAUAUUGUCACAACUUUUGACACAGUCGAGGAUUUCUGGAGUCUGUUUAACCACAUUAAGCAACCCUCCGACAUCAAAAUGGGAAAUGACUAUUCUUUGUUCAAGCAAGGCAUUCGACCAAUGUGGGAAGAUCAAGCAAACAAAUUAGGCGGCAGAUGGAUGUUAACCCUCCAACGCAACCAAAAAGAAGAAGUUAACAAGUUGUGGCUCGAUACAGUUUUGUGUCUCAUUGGCGAGGCAUUCGAUAAUUCGGAUGAAAUUUGCGGCGCGGUUGUGAAUGUUCGUACUAAAGGCGAUAAAAUUUCUGUUUGGACUGCCGAUGGCACCAAUCACGAUGCAAUUCUCGAAAUUGGUCGUAAACUUAAGGAACGCUUAGGUCUAGGAAACAAAUGGCAACUUCACUACAACUUGCACUCAGACACACAAAACAAGUCUGGUUCCCAAGCCAAAUCCAUAUUUGUGUUGUAGAAAGAUUUUUUUCACACUUCCGCAUGAACCCCCAUGAUUAUUACGAGAUAUUUAUAAAAAAAAUUAAUUAAUUAGUUUUCUCGCCGAAUUUCACAAAAAAAUUGAAAAAAAAAGAAUAUUUGAAGUCAGGAACAAAUCGACGAAGGACGCCGCCCGCGAAGAAAAAAAUAUGUUUUGAAAACAUUUUAGAUGAUUAGAAUGGAGUUAGUCAGAUACUCAUCAUCGUCGUCGUAAACUACUAUAAAUAUUAAUAAUAUUAUUAUGUUUUCUUGCUCUAAACUGUAAUUUACCUUUUUUCGAAAAAAAACUAAAAAAAUAAAUGAAAUGGAAA